GGAGCGCUCGGAGCAGCGGUCGGAGGGUCCCGAGCCCCGCACGCCCGCACGCCGGCCCGGCCCGCAGCGAGCAUGGGCGCGGCUGCCGUGCGCUGGCAUUUGUGCGUGCUGCUCGCCCUGGGCGCGCGCGGGCGGCUGGCGGGAGGCAGCGGGCUCCCAGGAGCAGUCGACGUGGAUGAGUGCUCUGAGGGCACAGAUGACUGCCACAUUGAUGCCAUCUGCCAGAACACACUCAAGUCCUACAAAUGCCUCUGCAAGCCAGGCUACAAAGGAGAAGGGAGGCAGUGUGAAGACAUUGAUGAGUGUGACAGUGACUCCUACAACGGGGGCUGUGUGCAUGAGUGCAUCAACAUCCCGGGGAACUACAGGUGCACCUGCUUCGACGGCUUCAUGCUGGCUCACGAUGGACACAACUGCCUGGAUGUGGAUGAGUGUCAAGACAACAAUGGUGGCUGCCAGCAGAUCUGUGUCAACGCCAUGGGCAGCUACGAGUGUCAGUGCCACAGUGGCUUUUUCCUCAGCGACAACCAGCACACCUGUAUCCACCGCUCCAACGAGGGUAUGAACUGCAUGAACAAAGACCAUGGCUGUGCCCACAUCUGCCGAGAGACACCCAAAGGUGGGGUGGCCUGCGACUGCAGGCCCGGCUUUGACCUUGCCCAAAACCAGAAGGACUGCACACUAACCUGUAACUAUGGAAAUGGAGGCUGCCAGCACAGCUGCGAGGACACGGACACAGGCCCCAUGUGUGGCUGCCACCAGAAAUACGCCCUCCACUCGGACGGCCGGACGUGCAUCGAGAAGGAUGAGGCUGCAAUUGAGCGCUCUCAGUUCAAUGCCACGUCAGUAGCUGAUGUGGACAAGCGGGUGAAACGGCGGCUCCUCAUGGAGACCUGUGCAGUAAAUAACGGAGGCUGUGACCGGACGUGCAAGGACACGGCCACUGGCGUGCGAUGCAGCUGCCCUGUCGGAUUCACGCUGCAGCCGGAUGGGAAGACGUGCAAAGACAUCAAUGAGUGUCUGGUCAACAACGGCGGCUGCGACCACUUCUGCCGCAACACUGUGGGCAGCUUCGAGUGCAGCUGCCGCAAGGGCUACAAGCUGCUGACGGAUGAGCGCACGUGCCAAGACAUCAACGAGUGCUCCUUCGAGCGGACCUGCGACCACGUCUGCAUCAACUCCCCCGGGAGCUUCCAGUGCCUGUGUCACCGCGGCUACACGCUCUACGGGACGACCCACUGCGGAGAUGUGGACGAGUGCAGCAUAAGCAACGGGCACUGCGACCAGGGCUGCGUCAACACCAAAGGCAGCUACGAAUGCGUGUGCCUGCCGGGCAGGCGCCUGCACUGGAACCGGAAAGACUGCGUGGAGCCCGGCAAGUGCCUCUCUCGGGCCCAGGCCACCGCACAGGCCCAGCUGUCCUGCAGCAAGGUGGGCAGUGUGGAAAGCUGCUUCCUUUCCUGCCUGGCCCACACCCUCUUCGUGCCAGACUCGGAAAACAGCUACGUCCUGAGCUGCGGUGUUCCAGGUCUCCAGGGCAGGACUCAACCAAAGCACAAUGGCACCAGCUCUGGCACCGGGCCCAGCUGCUCAGAUUCCCCCACUUCCCCCAUCAAGCAGAAGGCUCGCUUCAAGACCAGAGAUGCUAAGUGCCACCUCCGGCCCCGCAGUCGGGAGAGAGCGAAGGAGACCCAGAGGCAGCCAUUGCUGGACAACUCUCACAUGACUUCCGUGACCCUCAAGUGUGACUCCUCCAAGAAGAGGCGCCGAGGCCGCAAGUCCCCAUCCAAGGAGGUGUCCCACAUCAUAGCAGAGUUUGAGGUGGAGCUGAAGAUGGAGGAGGCCUCAGAUGCCUGUGACGAGGACUGCCUGCGGAAGCGGGCGGAGCAGAGCUUGCAGGCUGCCAUCAAGACCCUGCGGAAGGCUAUCAGCCGGCAGCAGUUCUAUGUCCAGAUCUCAGGCACAGAGUACGAGGUGGCCCAGCGUCCAGCAAAGGCCCUGGAAGGACCAGGGACCUGCGGCACAGGCCAGGUGCUCCAGGACAGCAAAUGUGUGGCCUGCGGACCUGGCACCUACUUCAGCGGUGAGCGGGCCCAGUGUGUGCCGUGCAUGUCGGGGACCUACCAGGACCUGGAGGGCCAGCUCAGCUGCUCCCCAUGCCCCAGCAGUGACGGACUUGGCCUGGCCGGUGCCCGAAACGUGUCUGAAUGUGGAGGCCAGUGCUCUCCGGGCUCCUUCUCAGCCGAUGGCUUCAAGCCGUGCCAGACCUGUCCCCUGGGCACAUACCAGCCCGAGCCCGGCCGCACAGGCUGUUUGCCCUGUGGUGGGGGACUGCUCACCAAGCACGAGGGUGCCACCUCCUUCCAGGACUGCGAGGCCAAAGUGCACUGCUCCCCCGGCCACCACUACAAUACCACCACGCACCGCUGCAUCCGCUGCCCUGUAGGCACCUACCAGCCUGAGUUUGGCCAGAACCAUUGUAUCACCUGCCCGGGCAACACCAGCACCGACUUCGAUGGCUCCACUAAUGUCACCCACUGUAAAAACCAGCACUGUGGUGGUGAGCUUGGUGACUACACAGGCUACAUCGAGUCCCCCAACUACCCCGGCGACUACCCAGCCAACGCCGAGUGUGUGUGGCACAUCGUACCACCCCCCAAGCGCAGGAUCCUCAUUGUGGUCCCCGAGAUCUUCCUGCCGAUCGAGGACGAGUGCGGCGAUGUCCUGGUCAUGAGGAAGAGCGCCUCCCCCACAUCCAUCACCACCUACGAGACCUGCCAGACCUACGAGAGACCCAUCGCCUUCACCUCUCGUUCCCGGAAGCUCUGGAUCCAGUUCAAAUCCAAUGAGGGCAACAGUGGAAAAGGCUUCCAAGUUCCCUACGUCACCUACGAUGAGGACUACCAGCAACUGAUCGAAGACAUCGUGCGCGACGGGCGCCUGUACGCCUCGGAGAAUCACCAGGAAAUCUUGAAAGACAAGAAGCUGAUCAAGGCGCUGUUCGAUGUGCUGGCGCACCCCCAGAACUACUUCAAGUAUACAGCCCAGGAGUCCAAGGAGAUGUUCCCUCGCUCCUUCAUCAAACUACUGCGCUCCAAAGUGUCCCGGUUCCUGCGACCCUACAAGUAACGCUCAGUGCUGUCCUUCAGGGACGGUGAGGGGAAAGGAAGACUCCCUUUCCUCCAAGGAGGAGCAGAAGGCGGCCCCUGGGCCUCUGUGUCACCUUGGGAAACCCAUGAUGUGUGCCCCUUGGGAAAGCUGUAGAGGGCUAGGCCCAGGCCCAAGCCUUUUCGGAUCUCCCUCGGAUCUGCCUUCCCAGGGGGCGACUCUGCUGCAGGACGCCUUUGUCCCUCCCUUCACCUCUUCAUUUCCCAGGACACCACAAGCACUGUCUCCUGGCAGGACGCCGCCUGGCUGUGACAUGCCAUGCCCGCCUCAUGGGUGGUCAGAGAGUGCGUGCCCUACACCUGACAUUUCAGGAGAGAAGAACGUGGCCCAUGCUCUCCCUGGGACACUGGAGGAGGCGUGGGAAGAUGUUAUCCACACAGGAAGUCUCCACACCGGAAGGAAGGAGGGGAAAGGAGCUGACACGUGGGAUUGACAAGCCUGCCUUGAUGCCCGCAGGGCUGCCACACCCUGCAGGCUCCUCCAGCCUUGGGCACAGGACAUGGUGCCCUGUCGCUGGCCUCUAAGGAUGCUGUCAUGGACGGGACACAGCUGCGAGGGGAGAAAGUAGGUUUGUGCUUUCCCUCCAUGGGACGGCUAAUUAAGUACUGUAUAUAUAAAUAUAAAUAUAAGAUUAUAUAUAUAUACUUCUAUUUGUGGUACGUUAGGAAAAUGCUUGUUAGUGACUCUCAGUAUGGGUUGCUGCUGCUAGCCUGCCUAGAGGAUUAAGCUGCUCCUCCUGCCACUGCCACCUCCCGUGGCAGGCAGGGAGAGCCAGGCUGCCCCCAGAUGUGCUUCCAAAUGUGCAUUCUUAGGAACCAGGCUCGGGUACUGUUGGACCACCGGCCCCACCCUCACGCUCGUCCCUGCCCUCAAUGGGACCCAGUGGAUGGCAGCCUCCCCCUGGGGUUGCAGGGCCCAACCACAGACUUCAGAAGGGGCCUGAGUUCCAGCCCUGUGGUGAUGCCCCUUGGGUUCCAUGUUGUGCUCACAAAUCGCCAGGAAAUGAGGUCUUUCUCAAGGGGACCCUGGAGCGGCCACUCACUCCUCACCUGUCCAGCCUCCUUUCUGCCACACCGAGCUGCCUGUCUGAGUCCUUUUGGACACAAGAAGUCUGAGUGUGACCAGGAAGCCAGCACCUGGGACACAGCCAACUGAGGGCACCAGCAUGCCAGGGUCCACAAGUCCUCGCUGCUUGUCAUACCGCUUGCUGCCACCUGUAAGCUGGGCAUAAGAAAUAGUCUGUAUUUUUCAGGUUACCAAAUCUUAAAACUUCCAAGGGACACAGAAAAAUCUUAAAAGGAACUCUGGCCACUGAUUCCAAGUGGCCACCAGGGUUCCUGCUCCCAGCCCUGCCUGACUGAUGGGAGGUUUGAGAAAUACACAUGGCCCACAGACACUGUGACAAGGCUGACAGGUGAGCAAGGUCACGAGACCAUAGCCUGGUGACCAGCACGCAGGGUGUGACACAUUCUACAGUCCAGAAAAGGGCUGGGGACUCAGGAAUGAGUUGCCACCAUUACAUGCAUCUACCAAAGCUGAGUCCCUGGCUGCCACUAGCCAGUUUCUCGGCUCAAGUCCAAGUGGAGGAUGGCGGGCAGAGCUUUUGCACUUGCUGAAAGGUUGGGGUUAACUCAUAGCCCUGCCAGGAGCCACUGCACCUCUGCUGGUCACAGUCCCUGCAGGUCAACCUCAGUUUCCAGAAAGAGACCUCCCUUCCUUUGUCAGGGUCCCCAGAAACAAGUGCAGAUGGCAAGUGCCCCAGGAAGGACCCUGUGAGGGACUUGAACUCUUUAUUAAGGUUCUCCAUGGAAACAAGGCCGACAGGAUAUAGAGAGAGAAAGAUCAGAGCAGACUUAUUGUGAGAACCACCCUGAAGAACCAUGGAGGCCAAGACGCUCUCUGAGGUGCCAUGUGCAUGCUGGGGAAGCAGGAAGUUGGCAGCAUAGUUCAGGCUGAAUCCAACCAGAGAAGCUGGGCACCCUAGACUCCAGAGGCCCAAGAACCCAGGAGCAGAAGAGGGAUCUGCCAGCUCCCAGAGAGUAAACUGUCCCUUCCUCCACCUUUUUGUUUUAUUGGGGCCCCUCAACCAACCCAGGUACUGCAUGGGCCCCCAUGCUGGGGAGGGUGGGUCUUUGCCUGCUCUGCUGGUUCCCUGGAAACUCCCCUAGGAACCCCACAAGGGAGAGUUUACCAGCUGUCUGGGUCUCUACUUAGGCCAGUCAAGCUGACACCUAAAAUGAACCAUUGCACUUCUUAAGGAUGUUUUCAAUGCCAUCAAAAUCCAGAAAGCACUCUCAGGCUCUCUCAAGUUUGCCCUGUGAUUCCUUAGUGGUUCGGGCAUCUCUCUAUAUGCCCACGAAGCCAACCCCCCAUGUCUCCUCUCAUCCCACAUCUGUCACCACCACUGUGGCCACAUCAUGCCCAGUGGCCCCAGGGCAGAGCAGGACAGGGCAGGCAUAGGGCAGGCUCUUCCUCCUUCUCUUACCAUCAAACUCUUCUUUGGUUCUCAUGCUACAAAAGAGGCUUGGAGAAGAACCAGGCAGCCAGAGACGCUGCCCUCACCACCACCAUGCAGCCCUCCUGGUGAAACACCACCCCCACCAUCCCGGUGACAUAAAGCCCAGAGAUAGGGUCUGCUGCAGCUCCCCACACCGGUACUUUGGAUCCCAGCCAUGAAAGCCAAAGCCGACCCUGGUUCUCAUGGGGCUCUCUGGAAAACAAGUCCAUUUCCCCAAAAGCUCGACUGCUGCAGGGCACGUCUUCAUGGGGAGACUUGGAGAAAGAUGGAAGCGGGGGUCAGCUAUGCAGGAGCCUUCCUGGUGAGAAACCAGAAACGGAGGCCCUGAGCUGGAAGCCAACACAGCCUACCCCUGGCUUUGGCCUUGGGCAGCCCUAGUCCCAUGGCACUGCCAGUCAGGGAGCUCCAGAAGCCACACUGCACCCUGUGCUCCCAGGGAAACAGCACAGGACAGCUUCUGGAAGCCAAAGCUCUGCCAUCUGGUGAGGCCUGGAAAAGGGUCCGUGGUGCCCCCAGAUUCCUCUGAACUUGGUGCAGCUCCUGGGCCCCUAGCUGGGCUUCCUGGAGAAGGCAGCCAGAGUGGACCCAGGAAUGCAGGAAACACCCUGGUACUUCUUCCUGCACACCUGGCCCCUUCUGCUUUGCAGGCCCACAGGGAAAAAGUCUGCACUGAGGUUCAGUGGCCAGCCACACCCUCAAUCAGCCUCCUCUGCUGCCCAAAAUUAGGCUUUUUAUGUCCAGGUUAUUCUCCUUAUGCUGCCCCUCUUUGCUUUGGGCUCCACCCAGUCCCUCUAACAGCAAAAUCAGCCUGUGUUCCCCAACAUACCCCACCCUGGCCAGUAGUGGCAACCACUUUUCCAAACUCUGGCUCCUGCCCUUGCUGGGGACAGACACCCAGGGUGCAGGGCCCCAGAAAGCGCUGGCCACAGAGGCCAGGUGUGGAAGCCUUAAGAGCGACCUCUGACCUCUAACAAAUGCACUGUCAUGGUCAGGGCUGUUGUGAGUCCUUAACUGAAUCUAGGAGCUGAUGUUAUUCAGUGCCUCUGCCACUCC